UCCCUGCCCUCUGCCCAGGCAGCGUGGAGCUCUGCUCCCCGACGGCUGCGCCAGGUGUCGGCAGUGGCACCCCGCACUGGAGGCAGCUCCAGGGAUGCCUUCUGACAGCCAGGGCCUCCUGCUCGUAGUUACACAGUAACCUGUUGUCUAGCUGCAGCUCCACCUCUCCCUGCCUCCCAGCCCUCCCCUCCCUGGCUGUGCCUCUGCCGCCCAGACGCCUGUCACCUGCUCUCAGAGAAGCUUGGGAGGCUGAAGUGGAAGGCAGGGACAGAGGCAAUAGAAAAAAGGAGCCACCUGGAAAAUUAGGUGGGCUUAGCCCCUCCCUCUCUGUUAGACUGUGGGGCUGCAUUCGCAGCACGGUGCAGAGGGAAAAGACGAGGGGUGCCUGGUGUACUGAGCAUGGCAGCAGGACUUCCCUAACCGGGCACAAGCUAUCUGGGAGAGGAAACAGACCAGGAAACAGCAAGCGGCUUCUCAGCACUGUUGAAUGUCUUGACAGCAACAUGAGUCUCAAAGGAUCUGCCAGCAGCCAGCCUGGCUCUGCAAACAGCAGCCUCGGCAAAGCGGAUGGUGCUUCACGAAUGAGUGCAAAAGAUUUAUAUGAACAAAGGAAGAAAUACUCCAACUCCAAUGUAAUUAUGCAUGAGACAUCACAGUACCACGUACAGCACUUAGCCACCUUCAUCAUGGACAAGAGUGAAGCCAUUGUGACGGUGGACGACGCCAUCAGGAAACUGAUGCUGCUCAAUUCUAAAGAGAAGAUCUGGGCCCAGGAGAUGCUGCUGCAAGUGAAUGACAAGUCCAUCCGACUGCUAGACUGCGAGUCACAGGAGGAGCUGGAGGACUUUCCCCUGCCCACAGUCCAGCACUGCCAAACCGUGCUGAAUCAGAUGCGCUACUCCUCCGUCCUCCUGCUGGUGUGCCAGGACAGCGAGCAGCACAAGCCCGACAUUCACUUCUUCAACUGCGACGAGGUGGAGGCGGAGAUGGUCCACGAGGACAUCGAAAGUGCUCUCGCCGAUCACAAGCAGGGCAAGAAGAUACGGCCGCAGACGCUCAAAAUAAACCAAGAGAAAAUAAAGCAACGACAAUCUAUACUCCCGCCGCCUCAAGGGCCCGCUCCUAUCCCUAUUCAGCAUGAGACGCGAGGCUCGCCGAUGAACAGCAGGAACAGGGUGGCACCCCCUCCACAGCACAACGAACCAGAAUUCGAACGACGUAGCUCCAGCUCCCAGGAGCAUGAAGAAUCCCGAGCGAUCUUAGCACAGAAGAUUGAAAAAGAAACGCAAAUCCUGAAUUGCACCCUGGACGACAUUGAGGUGUUUGUGGCCCGGCUUCAGAAAGCGGCAGAGGCAUUCAAACAGCUGAACCAACGGAAGAAAGGGAAGAAGAGCAAGAAGAAAGCACCUGCAGAGGGGAUGCUGACUCUUAGAGCAAAACCGCCAACGGAGGCCGAGUUCAUUGACUGCUUCCAGAAAAUCAAGCUGGCUCUCAAUCUCCUGGCCAAACUGAAAAAGCACAUCCAGAACCCGAGUGCUUCAGAACUAGUGCAUUUCCUGUUUGGGCCACUAGAACUGAUUAUCCAGAGCUGUGGAGGCCCUGAACUUGCAAGGUCGAUCCUCAGCCCGCUUCUCUCUAAAGACACCACAGAGUUCCUGAAAGGACACCUGACACCGAAAGAGAUGACGCUUUGGGAGACCCUGGGAGAGACGUGGACCAGAUCCAGAGCGGAAUGGCCUAGAGAGUUUGUUGUUCCUCCCUACAUCCCAAAGUUCCGCAACGGGUGGGAGCCGCCCCAGGAAAUCUUCCGCGGAGCCCCAUGGGAAAUAGACAUUGGACAUUUACAAGAAGAGCUCUCAUCGGCCAAUGGAUAUCCGUAUCGUAAUUCAUCGCUGAAACGUGACCAGACUCCUGAUCAAACACAAGCAGUGGAUGCCUUUAAACAAGGUGUUACUCAGCAUGUAAAUAGGAAUUUUGAAGCACAAGGGAUGGCCCAGCCGAAGAAAUAUGCCAAAAUUCGCUAUGAUUUCACUGCUCGAAAUGCCAAUGAACUCUCAGUGCUCAAGGAUGAAGUCCUGGAGGUGUUGGAAGAUAAUAAGCAAUGGUGGAAGCUGCUAAACCGGAGUGGGCAGGCUGGUUAUGUCCCAUAUAACAUCCUGGAUGUGGUGACACAGGAAGAUUAUGAACAGUUCUAUAAUCAGAAGUACAAAGGAGACAUGAGUCCGAGAGGUAUUGACCCUACUCACAGACUUCCUGCUAGCUAUGCUGGUGAUAAAUGGGGAAGUGAAAUGUUAGCCGGGAGUUCUUCUCAUGAUGCCAAAGAACAACUUAUCCAUCAUAUGGAUGAGGUGAACGAUGAGUUGCUGAAGAAGAUCACAAAUAGUAAAGUUCAUCCCCCACAAAGAAACUUUAAAGUGGAGAAGACUCAGCAAGUUCUUGUGCCUCUGACAUUUGAGUCAAGUGCUGAAGAGGUCAAAGCAUGGCUGGAAGCAAAUGCUUUUAGCAAAGGGACUGUGGACCAUCUUGGGAUACUUACAGGGGCCCAGAUUUUCUCUCUGAAUAAGGAGGAAUUGAAGAAAGUGUGUAAUGAAGGAGCCAGGGUAUACAGUAAAAUCACAGUGCAAAAAUCUCUCCUGGAGAAAAGCAGAGGGGAGUCGGAGCUUCAAGGAAUUAUGAAACGCCGCCAAGAGAGGAGUGAUUCUGCUAUUUAAAGUUCUAUCUACUUUUUUCUCAACUAUCAGUCAUAGUAGUGCAAAAAAAGAAAAAAGAAGAAAAAAAGGGAACAGCAGCAAUGAUCCCCGAUCAAAAUGAGAGAAACUACAGAGACCAUCUCCUAGCAGUGUAAUUGCCAUCAAACUGACAAUUCCUUGAGCACUGUUGAUAAGGAGGAUACUCAUUCGCUUAUGUUGGGAGAGAAGUUUUAGUAUUGCAUGAAAUAUUUUUAUAUCUAUCUAUAUAUUUUAUACAGAAAUCUUGUGUAUACAGUCCAGAGUAUGAGCAGGAUCUGAAUUCAUGGGAUUCUAAGUGUAUGAAGCCAGGCUGGAUUCAAGUUUAAAAAAAGCCCCAAAACCUGAACUUCAUAAUAUAUUGCUAUAUGAUAUCCAUUGACUUGAUAAAGAUCCAAAAAGACUGUUAGAAAUAAUGCUCCAAAGGACUGCUUGAAUGCUUAGCAUUUCUGUACCAUAAGGACUAGAGCUUUCUCCCCCGUUUUUUUCUUCUUGUCUGUGACAAAGAAACAGCAACAAUAUCCUGAGUUUCCCUGUUCAUGGAGACUCAAGCAGACCAUUUCUUCCUUCUCUUCUACCCCAUGCUCCUCCCAGCCCUUAAAUAUUUUAAAACAAAGGCCCAGGUCUGUCAGUACCUGAAGAUGACAAUAUAUAGCAUAUAACAGAUUUUAGGAUUGGGUCACCCUGUUUAAACAUUCAUACAAUGCUACUUUAAAUUGCAGGGAGUAUUUUAAUUAAACACUAAAGAGCAGUAAUACCUUGAAAUUAUUUAGAUUUGCCAAUUGGGAAGUAAUGCUUAGUCACAUUUUCCCAUACAAGGACUACUAGUGGAUGGGGACCAGUGCAACUAUGCAGCAGUUUUACGUGGCAUUGAUCCCAAAUGUCAAACUAUAGAGUACCGUCAAACCCAAGACUUCAACAAAUCAGACGAUAAACCCAUACAACUUACUCCCAGUCUGAAAUGCAAACACACACACAAUCUACACAUGCAAUACUAUGCCCUGCUUUAAUAAUAUAACUGUGUUGCAGUAUAUGACACAAGUAGUGAAUAUUUAGGAACAUAAAUGGAAGAUGGGAUGGCCAUUUCACACACAAUAAAAUCUUUGCAAAAAGUCUGAAAAAUUACUUAAAUACAUUUGUUAUGUUACUUUGUUUUUCCUAGCACUGACAGUGUUCAAGAUUAUGUAUAUGGAUCGGUAAAGAAAAGAUCCCUGCCCAAAGUAACAUACAAUCAAGUAGUUGUGCCGUGAUAAUUUAUAACACAUUUUAAAUAAACAGAACAAGCAUAAGCUGUAUUUUCGGGGUUUUGGCAUGUAUAAUGAAAUCGACAAGUCUGAAGUCCACAAGACAUACAUCAUUUCUUGACUUUUUCACCAGCCUUAGAGUGGAAAAGGCAAAAACAAAAAUAAGUACAGGUACUGCUCAUUGUCUGAGAUGAUAGUAAUAACAUUGGAGUUACUUUGAUCUGCACUCUCCUUUAUCCAUGUUAGCUUUGGUUAAUGUUAAUGGAAAUUCUGACCUUGAAUUUGCAAAGACCUACACUUGUGUUUAGUUUACACACUAUGAAUUUACACACCUUUCACUUCAGUGGGAAUACUCACAGUGCAUUAAGUUAAGCAAACGCAUAAACCUUUGCAGGAAUGGGACCCAAGCUUGUUUGUUUAAUUAAAUACUUUUUGGUAUGAUUCAUCAUACUGAACUGUAUGCACCUGUAAAUGGAGGAGUAGGUGGGAAAGGUGGUUUCUAUAUUAAAGAACACCGGUGCAUUCUUUGUUUUUACUAAAAUGUUUAUAAUGGAUGAUUUCAAAAAAGCAAAGCCUUAGACAAGGCCAUCUUUAGCACUAGUAGAGCUAAAAAUCAAAGCAAUAAUUAGGGAAAUCGUCAGUGCAGAGAAGGCACUAGACUGUGAGAUAUGUUCCUCCCACAUCAGACUUUUCUUGCCAAGGUAGCUGGAACCUGAAAAGGGUACUGGGAGGAAUGAAGGAGAUCAUACUUCUGGAGAGCCAUCAAGCUUUUGACUGGAGUAGAAUGAAAGCAAGCAUUAAUACUAGGAAAUAAGGAUGUACAAGGAUAGCGGGUUAAAUUAAUUUUUAAAAAACUACAAUAAAAAUAAACCAAAAGGCAAGCUAAGAAGCAUAACACACCAUUUUUGUCUUUAUGUAUAAAGAAAAAAAUAUCAGUCACAUUUACAGCUAUUUGGAUUUAUAUUAGCUGUCCAUUCAACAGUUCUGAGAAGAAUUGUUGCCAAUCUUAGAGCACCUAUUUAAAAUAUAUGCUUUACUAAACCUCAUCUUAGGUUUAGUUUACAUAUGAAUGAGCUAUGCAUCUGACAUAUUUGUAUUGUCUGCAGAUAAAACUAUAAUGUACAUGAAUGUAACUGAACUAAGGAUAAAAUGAUAUAACCAUGCACUGUUUAUGAUUUAUUAAAAUAGUUAAGUUAUAACUACAACUUUUUCUUGGUUUUAAGUGGAGAUAAGCAAAAACAAGAAAAUUAGGGAGAAGAAUACGACUGUUUUUUUCAAAUGUUUUGUUGCAGUAAGCCUUUCAAUGUACAAGAAUAGAUUUGGUAACCUGUUUCUUCUUGUUUCUCAGCAAGAAAUAUUCAAAAGUGAGACCACUACAGCAUAAAAAUCAUUCAAAACUAGAAAUGGGGCAAAACCUAGUCUGAAAGA